AUUGCAGUCACUGGUAGAUUCACAGAUUCCAGUAUGCAGUGUUACUGGUUGUAGUCGGGAUAACAGACUAUUGGCUAUUUGUAACACAAAAACUCAAUAUGAAGGUAUACAGUCGAAUGCAAAUGAUCAUACAAGCAGCCGUUUUCUUUUCUGUCGGACUGACUGCGGCAUGGGACAAAGAAGAUGAACCCGCUGAUGUACACCUUGACCUGGCCGCUGAGGACCUGUAUCUCGUCACUGACCCUCCAGUACCCAGGGAGAGGAGAGAAGCUGACGAUUUGGAACUGGGUUCAGGGGAUGAGUUAACGACACAAGCUCCAAGUUAUCCAACGCAGCCUCCAAUCACAGAAGGGGCCGUCUACACUUUUACAGUGGAUUUCAAAAUUACCAACAUGAAUCUCACAGACUUCAAUGACACUAUGGAACAGAGCUUUAUAGAUGUGGUAUGUUCAGAGAGAUCCAGUUCACAUCCUCUCCUGAAAAGUAGGGUAUCAUGAAAUGUAAUGUAUUAUGAUCGGUCGUCAGAAGAAAGAUCAGCUUUGAAUAAUGACUG